GGAGAUAAGGUGCUGAGGUCACUAAAAGGAAGACAAUACAAUAUAAUUCACAUUAUUACAGCAGAAAAAACAAACUCAGCCAAAAGCUUCCUUAUAUCUCUCCAUAAAAACAACUAUUUAUGGACUUGUGUUCCUCAAAAAACACCUUCAUUCUUAGCUAAACCUCUCAUUCUUUCUGCUAAGAGACCUCUCUUUCUUUCUAUCUUCCUCACAUACACACACUUUUCGCGUAAAAACCGUUCGUAUUUUCUUUCUUUUUUCCUUCCUAUAUAUCGAUAGUUCGAUACUCACUUAAACUUGCCAAUCUACUCAUACAAUAUUCAAACUUUGGCUUGUUUUGUGCAAGAAUGGGAGAUUUUUCCGAUUUCGAUACGAAAAACGAGCCAGUAAUCGAUUUGCCACCCGGGUUUCGAUUCCACCCAACCGAUGAGGAGCUCAUCACACAUUACUUGAAUCCGAAAGUUAUCGACAAUAGCUUUAGCACGAUCGCUAUUGGUGAAGUGGACCUCAACAAGGUUGAGCCUUGGGAUUUGCCAUGGAAGGCGAAAAUGGGAGAAAACGAGCGGUAUUUUUUCUGCAUUAAGGAUAGGAAGUAUCCGACUGGUCGGAGGACUAACCGAGCUACAGUUGCCGGAUAUUGGAAGGCAACCGGGAAAGAUAAGGAGAUUUUUCUAGCCAAAUUCUUAGUUGGGAUGAAAAAAACUUUGGUUUUUUAUCGAGGCCGAGCACCAAAAGGGAUGAAGACUAAUUGGGUCAUGCAUGAGUAUAGAAUGGAGGGCAAAAAAUCUCUCCAUAAUAAUAAUAAUGUCCCAAAAAAUGAUAAAAAUGAAUGGGUAAUAUGCAGAAUUUUCAAGAAGUCUUUUGAAGAGAAACAAGAUUACAGAGAGGAUUCACGAACAUCCGAUUUACCUCCACUAACGGACGUGUCGUUUGAUGAGAAUCACACGAGCAAUGUAUUUUCGUCCGAGGAAUCAUCUCAUGCGACGUGUUUCACCAAGCCUUCGGUGGACCCUCGAGAUAUUUCUUGUCGUGAUUUUGCUUCUAACUCGAGGAGUUGUGGCUUUUCGCCUCAAAUGGUAGCUCUCGAUAACUGCUCGGAAUUCGUUGAGGGUUUUUCCUUUCAAGAAGAUCAUGAAUUUCAGAAUAUUUUUAGUGGGCAUUUGGAUAUUGACUGCCUGUGGAAUUACUGAACUGGUAUCUUUGUAAUGGUUUAGGAAUUAGUAUUAUUUUCUGGAUUUUUUUUUUAAUUUCUCAUUUUUAAUUAGUGAUAUCUGGGAAAUAUUAGUUUGGACAUAUUGUUAUAUUACCUGAUAUAGUUUCACAUGAAUUUGUACUUGUUUGUGAAUCUAUAUAUAUAUAAUUGCUAGCUAAGCAAUAA